AUGGGUGUGUGAAAGGGGAGAGAAAAGAGAAAAGCGCGGAGGACGGCAGAAGAAGAUAAAAAGGGCAAGAGAACAAGUUCCGAUUACUUACUUCUCACUUCUCUUCUCUUUCACUUUCACUUUCACAAACCCAAACUAAAAGCCCUAAUCGCAACGGAAUGAGUGCAGCCACGGACGGAUAAUCGUAGAUGCUUGUCUCCGAACCUUCCUCAUCCUGGGAUCUCAAAUGCCUUCUGCAAUUCGUCUUCUCCGCGUUCCUCUUCGCGAUUGGAUUGCUCCUGUUGCUCAAGAACACCGCCUCCAAGUACUUCGAGGUUGACGCCACUUUCCCCGCCAUGCCUGGUCUCCCCAUCCACGACUCCCUCUGCGCCCUUUGCCGCAACGCCGCCACCAAGAAGUGUUCUCGAUGCAAAUCCGUUCGAUACUGUUCACAAGCAUGCCAACAAGCGCACUGGAAAUCCGAGCAUAAGAUGAGAUGCAAGGAGAUUCAGAGUAGUAGUGCCGUGAAUUUGGCUCAAACUGGACUAACUAAUAGAGGCUCUAAUGCUUCUGCGGCAGUGAAUAAAAGUACUUCUUCAAUUGCCCUCAUUCCUGAAUGUGGUCGCGGAACUUCAAGGCCUAUCAAGCAGCCUAAAAGUGUUCUUUUUCCUUAUGAAGACUUCGUCAAAUUGUUUAACUGGGACAAGCCAGGAUUUCCUCCUUGUGGACUCUUAAAUUGUGGAAACAGCUGCUUUGCAAAUGUGGUUCUCCAAUGUCUCUCAUUCACAAAACCGCUUAUUGCCUACUUGUUGGAGAAUGGCCACCGCAAAGAAUGCUGUCAUAAUGAUUGGUGCUUUCUUUGUGAAUUUGAAACCCAUGUUGAAAAGGCAAGGCUAAGUUCUCAGGCGUUCUCUCCGAUGAAUAUUCUCUCUCGAUUGCCUAAUAUUGGUGGUACACUGGGUUAUGGAAGACAAGAGGAUGCCCAUGAGUUCAUGAGGUUUGCAAUUGAUGCGAUGCAAUCUGUUUGCCUCGAAGAGUUUGGUGGAGAAAAAGCUGUUGCUCCUAAGCUUCAGGAAACAACCCUUAUCCAACACAUUUUUGGUGGCCACCUUCAAUCCGAGGUGAUUUGCACUGAAUGUGAGAAGAAUUCAAAUCAAUAUGAAAAUAUGAUGGACUUAACAGUUGAAAUUCACGGAGAUGCUGCUUCCUUGGAGGAAUGUCUAGAUCAGUUUACUGCCAAGGAGUGGCUUCAUGGGGAUAAUAUGUAUAAAUGUGAUGGAUGCAAGGGUUAUGUCAAGGCAUGGAAACGUCUAACAGUGAAACGAGCUCCAAAUAUUCUUACAAUUGCCUUGAAAAGAUUUCAGAGUGGGAGGUUUGGAAAACUUAACAAGAGAGUAACUUUCCCUGAGACCUUAGAUCUUAGUCCUUACACGAGUGAAGCUGGAUAUGGAUAUGAUAUUUAUAAGCUAUAUGCUGUUGUAGUUCAUAUUGAUAUGCUGAAUGCUUCAUUUUUUGGUCAUUACAUCUGCUACAUCAAGGAUUUCCGUGGAAACUGGUAUAGAAUUGAUGAUUGGAAGGUCAUGAAAGUGGAAUUGGAAGAGGUGCUUUCUCAGGCCGCAUAUAUGCUGUUGUAUAGCAGGGUUAAUGCUCGACCAUCAGGACUUCAAAGUAUUGAAUCGCCAGAGAUAGCUGAAGUGCAAACAGUUGAACCGGAGGUGCAAUCUGGCCCAACUGAACAAGCUGAAUGCCUCUCGGAUAUGAAAACUGAGACUUACAGUGGAGGAUGUGAGGCUAUUCCAUUUGACAAUAGUCCAGUGUCGAAGUUUUCAGGCGGUGAAAAUGUGUGUUUGUCCAGAAUGGACACUGGAAUUAAGACAGAGCAUUCUAAGGAUGUUGCUAAUGAGUCUUUUGGUAACGGUGUUGAAUCUGUCAAUGUGCAUGAUUCUGAAGCUGUCAAAGAUUUGGGGGAUGUAGAUAUGGUCGGAUCAAAUACAUGCUCGUCUGUUUUGGAAGAGAUUUCGGACUGCAUGGAAGAGCAAGAUGAUAGUGAUAUAACUAAGUCCACUUCUCCAUGUUUACCUAAUGGCUUUUCUCGCUUUGACAAGCAUUCUUCUGUUUCAGUGGAUUCUCAAAACACAAGGGAAGAUUCAGAUGCAGAACAUGUAAAUGUGAUUAAAUGCAAGGUAACAGCAAAUGGCUUUGCAAAUUAUAGCAAUGGGUAUGCCAGUGCAAACAAAUGUGAUGGUACUCUUUCCACUGAAAAACCCUCAGCUGAAAUGCAUCAAUUGAAGCGGAGAUUGGCUUCUGAUAAUUCUGAAGCUGACAAAGGAAAUGGAGAUAAGAAAGUGGAAAUAUCAGGGAAUAAGUUAAUACUUUAGGGGCAGCUAUUGUUCUUAAUUGUUCAUAUCAAUUUGAGUAUCCCAUCAUCGGAAAGAGGCGAUGAGUUGGGAAAUUUUUGUCUGGGGUUUCAUUAUUUGCUGGAACCUUGGAUCUUAUUGUAACAGUUCUACGUGGAUUCUCUAAUUUUAUCAUAGUGAGCAUAUGACUCCUUACUCCUGAACUCAGUCACAGAACAUAAAUAAAGAAUUUUUUUUU